GUAUCCGCUGGAUCGCGUCUGCGAGGACUGAAGUCUUGUGGUGGUGACGACCCAGGAGCGUCAAGUCAGGAUGGCGAGCCUUUAUCCACAUUUUUGCCGUAAACCGGAUUUUACAAAGCGGCAGGAACUCUUCGAAUGAGAUCAACCCCCAACUCUCCCCUCAUUAGGCGACCGGAGCGACAACACAUGUGAGGGUAGCUUUCAUAUUCAAGGGCAUUUACCGGGGUACUCUGGCCUUUGUGUCGACUGAGAAAUUUCAGCGUGUUUUUGUAGGCUCACAAUGCCGUGACGAGAUUUUUUUUCCAAAGAAGAGCAGGAAAGGUGCAGUCUAAUCCAACGGGAGGCUGAUUAUGUUUCUUCAUGUAGCGUUACACAGACAGCCCUUUCCUGCUCGAAGGUGGUGGGCCAAGCGGCAACGUUAAGGAUAGUAGUUAUUGAGUCUGGCUACGUUGAUCUUAAAUGGCAUUAUUUUUGCUUUGAGUCGUAUACAGUUUUUUUUUAAUCUACCCACGAAUCUACCUACGACUGAUUUGUUCAAAGGACGCCGUCGGUGUGCCCCCCCCCCAAGAAAAAAAAACCCGAAGAGAAAAGGCCGGUGAAGUUUGGUUUGGGGAGUGCUGGGGCUGUUCCGUGGUCGGCGGUGCAUCGCCGGUGGGCAGGAGCAGGCACUAUCGAUGAGGACUUAAGCUUGUGAGUUGACAAGUCACCUGCAGGAGCCCCAUCCCCCGAAUCCUUCCUGUUCCCUUUACCCCUCCUCCCUUCUCAACUCCUUCCUUUCCCCCUUCCCUUGUAAGUCUUUUCCCGCCCCCCACCAGCCCCCUUCCGAGGUUCACCAUGCUGAUCAAGGAGUACCGGAUCCCCAUGCCCAUGAGUGUGGAGGAAUACCGCAUCGCCCAGCUCUAUAUGAUCCAGAAAAAAAGCCGAGAGGAGAGCUGUGGUGAAGGGAGUGGAGUGGAAAUUCUAGAGAAUAAGCCUUACACAGAUGGACCAGGUGGGACAGGCCAAUACACCCACAAGGUCUACCAUAUUGGCAUGCACAUUCCCAGUUGGUUCCGCUCCAUUUUGCCCAAAGCAGCGCUGAGGGUUGAAGAAGAAUCCUGGAACGCCUACCCUUACACCCGCACCAGAUACACUUGUCCCUUUGUUGAGAAGUUCUCCAUUGACAUCGAAACGUACUACAAGCCUGACACAGGCAACCAGGCAGAUGUGUUUAACAUGUCUGUAGCGGAGAAGAGGCAAAGGACUAUUGACCCUAUCGACAUUGUGACAGAUCCUAUCCCCCCUCAUGAGUACAAAGCAGAGGAGGACCCGCGACUUUACAAGUCAGCAAAAACCAAGAGGGGACCUUUGCAGGAUGAUUGGAUAGAGGACUACAACAAUAACCCUGGGAAGACCCCCAUCAUGUGUGCCUACAAAUUGUGCAAGGUGGAGUUCCGCUAUUGGGGCAUGCAGUCAAAGAUUGAGCGCUUCAUCCAUGAUGUAGGACUGAGGAAGGUGAUGGUGCAUGCCCACCGGCAGGCUUGGUGCUGGCAGGAUGAAUGGUAUGGUUUGACCAUUGAGGACAUAAGACAGCUGGAGCUGGAGACCCAGCUGGCCCUGGCCAGGAAGAUGGCCCAAUUCAGCCAAGCAGAGGAGGGCACUGAGGCCAACGGCAGCGCCCCAUCCCCGGACAAAGACCAGGAAGCAAAGGAGGCAAUCAGCUCCAUUGAAGCUGAGGAGGUGAUGGUCAGUUCUGGAGGAGACACUCUGCAGGCAAGAGGUGCGCUCACCAAGCAGUGGUCCACCUCCUCCAGAUCCUCACGCUCAUCAAAGAGAGGAGUGAGCCCAUCACGUCACAGCAUUUCUGAGUGGAGGAUGCAGAGCAUAGCGCGAGACUCGGAAGAUAGCUCAGAUGAGGAGUUCUUCGAUGCUUAUGAGGACCUCUCAGACAACGAGGAAGUCUUCCCUAAGGAGAUAGCCAAGUGGAACUCCAACGACCUCAUGGACAAGAUCGAGGCUGCAGACACGGAGGGAAAUUCUGGUGAAUUGUAUAAGGAAAUGGCAGCGGACUAUGAAAGGGAAGCCAUUGCGGAAAGACUGGAUGAGGAUGGCUCAUCCCAGCAGUGUUUACAGCCCUCCAAGAUCCAUGUGCUAAUCUUGGUCCUCCAUGGUGGGAACAUCCUGGAUACAGGCGGAGGGGACCAGAACAGCAAGCAGGCUGAUGUCAAUACCAUCAGUUCGGCAUUUGAAACUGUAAUGCGUGUCCACUAUCCUGCUGCUCUGGGUCGCAUUGCCAUCCGCUUGGUGCCAUGCCCUGCCAUCUGUGCUGAGGCCUUCUCCCUGGUGUCUAACCUGAGUCCAUAUAGCUAUGAUGAGGGGUGUCUGUCCAGCAGCCAAGACCACAUCCCCUUGGCAGCCUUGCCUCUCCUGGCCACAUCUGCUCCACAGUACCAGGAGGCUGUGGCCACAGUCAUUGUUAGGGCCAACCAGGUGUACACCGACUUCAUCAGGUCUCUGGAUGGAGCAGCCUUCUCUGGUCAGGUAUGCCUAAUCGGGGACUGUGUUGGAGGCAUCCUAGGGUUUGAUGCUCUGUGCAGCAGCAACCAGACAGUAAAUGAAAGCCAGAACAGCAGCCGUAGGGGCAGUAUUGUGAGUGUGCAGGACCAGGACCUUCUCUCUCCUGGCAUCGUUAUCAACAGUGGGCAUGGUUCAGCUUCUCCAAACCUGGAGGGAAGCCGCCACCUCAGUCGCAGUAACAUUGACAUUCCCCGCUGCUGCACAGCUGAUGACACCAAGAGACAGCUACCACGCAAGAGGAGUGACUCCUCCACCUACGAGCUGGACACUAUAAAACAACACCAAGCCUUCUUGUCCAGCUUGCACUCCAGUGUCCUGCGCAAUGACCCAACCUCACGUAGAUCCAGCAGUAGCACCAUGCUGGAUGGAGGCUCCUUAGGGAAGUUUGACUUUGAGGUGUCCGACUUCUUUCUGUUCGGCUCUCCACUGGGCUUAGUGCUCGCCCUGAGGAAGACUGUCAUUCCUGUACUGGAUGUGGCCCAGCUUCGACCAGCCUGCCAACAGGUCUAUAACCUGUUCCACCCAGCCGAUCCCUCAGCCUCUCGUCUGGAGCCCCUCUUGGAGAAAAAGUUUCACCUCUUGCCUCCUUUCAAUGUGCCCCGCUACCAGCGCUUUCCCCUGGGAGAUGGCAACUCAGCUCUAUUGGUGGAGACAGUCCAGAGCAACGCUCAGCUCGUACUCGAUAGUGGGCCUCCACUGUCCCUCCGCUGUCAGGAGACCAUCAGCGAGACCUGCAUCCCUGUGCCUGUGCUAAACUGGCAGGAGGGCUGCCUCAAAGCCACACCCGCCACUCUGGAGUCGGAUGUUGUUCAGUCUCAUGGUGGUGUCUUCAUGGACAGUUCGUAUCCCUCCUCCCCCAUAACGGGCCCCCAUUCCCGGGGCCUACGGAGGGCCAGUGAGGUCAGCAUUGCCAGCCAGGUCUCAGGAAUGGCAGACAGUUACACUGCUACCAACAUAGCCAACACCCAGUCGUGCCAAAUAAACAACUUCAAAAAAUUCAGCCUUUUGUCCCAACUUGCAUUAUCAUCACCAAACAAACUCUUCGUGAGAAGUCCUCCUAAGUCCCGUAGAAAAGCAGAGAGCAACCAGGUCCCAGGAUCUCCAGAGACAGAUCCUGGAAAUGAUCUAGUGGGCGAAUUCGUGGCAGAGGCUAGUGAAGGUCCCUCUCGGCAGUUUGAGAGGUACCUGUCAGCCGGCCUGGACUAUGCUAUAUCCGACCUGGUCUCACUGGACUCCCAGGCUGAAGUGGAGCAAGUUGCAUCACGUUGGUGGGGCACAAAGCGGAUGGACUUUGCCCUGUACUGCCCCGAUGCUCUGACGGCUUUCCCCACUGUUGCACUGCCGCAUCUUUUCCAUGCAUCUUACUGGGAGUCCACUGAUGUAGUGUCUUUUCUGCUGAGACAGGUUAUGAGGCAUGAAAACUCCAGUAUACUGGAGCUGGAUGGGAAGGAGGUUUCAGAAUUCACCCCAUCCAAACCUCGUGAGAAAUGGCUCCGGAAGAGAACACAUGUGAAAAUUAGGAAUGUGACAGCCAACCAUCGUGUCAAUGAUGCUGUGUUCACUGAAGGCUGCCAGCAGGUUGUGACAGGUCGCUUCAUGUAUGGCCCUUUGGACAUGGUCACCUUGACUGGGGAGAAGGUUGACCUCCACAUCAUGACCCAGCCUCCAUCAGGAGAAUGGAUGCACUUUGACACAGAGGUGACCAACAGCAGCGGUCGUGUGUCUUUUAUCAUCCCAACAAGCAAGCGGCUGGGCAUUGGAGUUUACCCAGUUAAAAUGGUUGUCAGGGGAGACCACACGUUUGCAGACAGCUACUUGACAGUUCUUCCCCGUGGAACUGAGUUUGUGGUGUUCAGUAUAGAUGGCUCAUUUGCUGCUAGCGUAUCCAUCAUGGGCAGUGACCCUAAAGUACGGGCUGGAGCUGUGGAUGUGGUCAGGCACUGGCAGGACUUGGGCUAUUUGAUUAUCUAUGUGACGGGACGCCCAGACAUGCAGAAGCAACGGGUGGUGGCUUGGCUGUCUCAGCACAAUUUCCCUCAUGGUAUCGUCUCUUUCUGUGAUGGCCUGGUCCAUGACCCACUCAGACACAAGGCCAAUUUCCUCAAGUCCCUCACAGAGGCUCAUAUGAAGAUUUUUGCUGGCUAUGGUUCAACCAAAGACAUCUCUGUCUACACCUCCAUUGGUCUCUCUCCCUCUCAAAUCUACAUUGUUGGUAGACCCUCCAAGAAGAUGCAGCAUCAGUGUCAGUUCAUCACAGAGGGCUAUGCAGCCCAUCUGUCCCAGCUGGAGUAUAACCACCGCUCUCGACCGGCCAAGACCAGCAGUGCCCGCAUGGUGCUACGUAAAGGCAGCUUUGGAUUGGGUGCAAACAGUGACUUCCUGAGGAAGCGGAACCACCUUUUGCGCACCAUCUCCUCCCAGCCGGCCCCCAGCUCGCCCACGGGCAGCGGCCACAGCAAGCCAGAGCGCACACAGAGCCAGUCGGACAGUGAGCGGCUGGAGCGUGAGCGGCUGGAGCGAGCUCAUAGCCAGGGCCACGGUCCGGGCUCGUCCCAGCGCAGCAUGAGCAUCACAGCGAGCUGCUGGGGCCGCAGUAGCAGCACCAAGUUGGAGCCGGGUGUUUUCAGUCCAAAAUGAGGUUUAGGUAUCAAGAGAGACUCCAUGAAGUAUCUUUGCAAUGGUGACUGGAAGUGAUGGAGCUAAGAAAGGGAUUAAGUGAGAUAAAGACCCUUGCACCAGCUGAGAAAACACAGCAUUUAGAAUUGGUGCUACAAACCCCUCUUUAUAAAACCAUCACAGUUCGUAUGCCACACUCAACAAAAACCACUACGGACAAGGGAUAUGCCUCUUUUUUAAAGAACAUGCAGAGUUUAAAUGCAUAUCAAAAAGCAUCUUUAUCAAGCAUGAACACACACAACACACAUAGAUCUAGCCAAUGAAAAGGUAAAUAGGAAUCAGACUGUUUCUUAUUGUAUACUAUUUAAUGUUGGUAAAUAUUUAUGUGUCUUGAAUACAACAUUAAAAUGGGCAAUGAGUCAUCCUAUCUUACUGCAUCCUACAUGGGGCUUUAAGGUUGAAGAUGAUUUUAUACACAUGCACUCUCAUGCUGUAUAUAUAUCAGUAAAUGUUAGUGGCUGCAGAGAGCUGAAGCGAUGACUCCAUUGUUGUGUUGCCUAAAGUGCACUACUGUGGCUGCCACAAACACACAGAAUAUGUCUAUUAACUAUGUCUAUAAAUGAAUUACUUUAAAAGUCUGUUAUAGAAGUCUCAUUAUGUAACAUUCAAAUGGACUGGGCUGAGAGCAAGCUUAAAAAACUGGGUAAACCUGGACUGAAUGUUUGUUUUCCAUAAACACCCAUACAGGCAUAAACAAAAUUAAGUAAAAACGGUUACAGUCAUAAACUAUUACAUUUGUCAGUUUUGGGGGGCAAGUCAUCUUUAUUUAUCCUAAUUUGAGUGUUGUAGAUAAUUUAAACUGAUUUUAUGUCAUUUGACCAAGUAUUAAGCAUACUGCAUAUUCUCCUGUGACUCCCAUGAAUUUAACAUUAACAUUUUUAAUUCUGUUGUAAAAUGUUCCACAUAACAGCUUUUAACAGAGAAUCAACAUAGACAUUUUAGUUUAAAAUUUUAGACUGUUCUCAAGCCAAAAAGCCAUCUGAACAUCACAUGAAGAAAGAAAAAGAACACUUUCGUUGCAGGUAAAAUUGUUUUUGUCUUGUGGCACUUAAGACACAUUAAGAGUGCACAGCACUGCUGAAGUGCUCUGCUAUAAUUCCCUAUGUCGUAUGUGAGUAAUGUAUGACUCGUCCAUAGGGACAAGUCCUAUUACUGUAUGGUUUAUGUGCCAAAGUAAACAGAUUAAGGUAUGCUGUAAAUGAAUGGAGAAAAACUGAAUCAAACGUCCUGUGUACAUGUGAAACUGCUCUGAGGGAUAGAAUAUGUAAGUGUAUAGCUACGCCUAACCAAGGUCUGUAUAUAAUGGUUUAUUUUAGUGUAGAUCUGGUAUCUGGUCUGUGGAGAGGCCAGUUUAAAGUGUCUUCUUUAUUCUGGUGAAAAAAAAUCAGGAUACAGUUUUGUUAAUAAUGUUAUUAGAGGAUCUAGAAAUGUUAAAAAGCACAUUGAUUUGGUGAACAGUUUUUUUUUAUUAUUAUUUUAGCUACAUUGUGAUUCAUUUGUUUCUUUUGUCAUGCUUCAUUUCUAGCUGCCAAUAUUUAAGAGGUCUUUGCCCAGCAAAGUAUUGUUUUUAUAUCAUGUUGUUUUAUUUUGUCAAUCACCAGAACUGUAUCAAUGGAACUGCUACCUAGUGUCAUCUAUUCUAUGUUGGUUAUUAUAUAUUUUGGAUAUUUGGGAUAUGUCUACCCUCAUGUAAAUGAGGCAUUGAAUGUGUUCAUAGAUCAUAAUCUUUAGGUUAAAUCAAUAUCCUGUUUGCAGUACUCACUUUGGAUGAAAAAUCUGCAAAUUGUAAAUUCUGUACAAUAUGCUUUCAAAGGUAGCAACUUGGAACGAAGUUGUAUGCCAUGCUGUUUUUCAAUUAUUUCUAAAAGGGGUAACAGUUUAUGGUUUAUUCGUUCAAAUGAUGUACAUUUGUCCCUGUUUUAGGCAUGUAUAGAACUGACUGUAGUGGACCAAUGUGGGCUGAAAUGUAAGGGAGAAUGUGCAAUAUCACCCAAUCCCUACCACAACAGACUGACUGUGUUGAGAAAAUGCCACAAUGCAUUGACAAUCAGGUGAACAGGCACAUAAUCUACAACCAUCCAGUUUAAAGGAGUUAUUCGAAAAUAUCUGUUGUUACAUGAGCAAAAAUAGGCCCAGUUAUUGGAGACAGAUAUGCAGGUAUGUACUCAUGUUUCUAGAGCCUGCAACAAAAGACAUUCACGUAGCAAUGAGCAUUAAAUGAUAUGUGGCACAUAUAAGUCAUUGAUAAAAGUAUGAAAAAAGAAAAACCUGAAACGGAGAGUGUGUUUUCACCCCCAAUUUGCAUCCCCCCCAUGACAGACAUGUUAGAGAAGAAAUCUGAAAACCCUUUUUUUACCAUGAUGGUUAUAACCCUGGGCAGCAUGGUGGAGCAGUGUAACGUUAGCGCAGUCGCCUCACAGCAAGAAGGUCCUGGGUUCAAGCCCCGGGGUUGUCCAACCUUGGGGGUCAUCCCAGUUCGUCCUCUGUGUGGAGUUUUCAUGUUCUUCCCAAGUUUCCUGAGGGUGCUCCAGUUUCCUCCCACAGUCCAAAGACAUGUAGGUCAGGUGAAUCGGCUGUACUUAAUUGUCCCUAGAUGUGAGUGUGUGUGUGUGUGUGGGGGGGGGGGGGCUCUGUGAUGGCCUGGCAGCCUGUCCAAGGUGUCUCCCUGCUUGCCACCCAAUGACUGUUGGGCUAGGCUCCAGCAUCCCCACGACCCUGAGUGCAGGAUAAGCGGUUUGGAUAAUGGAUGGGUGGAUGGGUUAUAACCCUGCUCAGUGACCCACCUAGGCCUACAGCAACCCAAAUAGUUAAAAAAAAAGGAAAAGAAAAGAAAAGACUCAGAAAUCUAUAGAACAAAGAUAAAUGGUACUUUGAUUUUCACUAGUGCAGACUGUUGUCUUGGUUUGGGGUAACAGGUUGAAAGAAAGUGUAACUGAAAUUGUGUAUUAGUGUACUACAACGUAUAGGAGUCUUGCUGUCAUAAGUAUUGCUGUUUAUACAUCAAAGUGGUAAAGGUGAUUUCAAAAUGGACAGACGGUGUGAAAAAAGUGCACUCUCCUAAAGAGGACUACUGAAACAUAUUCUUUUCCUUGGAAUUGGAAUUGUCUGGAUAUUUACAUCCAGAGAAUGUAAAAAUGAACCUGUGCAAUCAUCUGUGAAGUUUGGAUACCUCUGGGCAGACAAUCGUUCCGAUUCUGCUACUCAUAAAGAUAUUACCAGAGGCCUUACAUUUCCCCUUCCUGCCUUACAUUAUGCUUACACCAAUAGUUUGAAUUAACGAGAAAAGGAUAGAAAAUAAAAGCAGAAUUUAAUGAAUGGAUAUAGGAAAAGGCCAUAUUUUUCUUAUAAGGAUUUGGUUUGUUAUAUAAAAUGGAAAUGCAUAUUGUACAAAGGAGAAAUCUAUUACAGUUGGACUUGACAUAUUUCACAAUCACUAAACAACCCAUCCCCCAGAUUGAUGCAAUGCCCUAACCUUCUGUACACCAACAGUCAGCUUUCACAUGUAAAUAUGAAAUACCUUAGAAAAAGCUCAGAAAGUAUUUUCAUUGUACAGGGUGUGCAUCUUUUAGGUUUUGGAUAACUUUGUUUUAUCCAUUCUCGUGUUUUUCUGUACAGUGUAUAAAGAAUAUCUGAUGA